AUGAGCAAUGGUAAUCGAGACAUCGUGGUAGAAGUUCACAUUGGUGUUGAAGAAAUCGUGAAGGCCAGAAAACGGCGAAAAGAUAGGAGGGAGAUGGAGGACUGUGGAAUGCUUAUCAUUGGGGACAAGCACAGGGACUGUCGGGGAUGGGAACUCUCGAGCAGUUGUGGUGUUGGAGAAGUGAUAUGA